AUGGGCUUCAUGAAGACUUGGGAGGACGAAAGGAGGAAAGCUGUUGAAAAAGAAAAAUGGCAGAGUGGGUUGGCAAAAGCGGAAACAGAGAAAGAUCAAGCUCUCGAUCUAUGGAUUCAAUUGAUAGAUGAAUUGCAGAGUGAUUCGAGCAAAGGAAAGAAAAAGAGUGAGAGUAUGUUAGAGAGGGAGAAGCAAGUUAGCAGUGAUCUGCGAAGCAAUAUGAGCAGUAGUUUGGCUAGGAAAAGAAAGAUUGAGAGUACCGGUGAGGGUUUCUCAAGGAAGAGGGCUAUGUCGGAAGGAAGUAGUAAGGACCUGCCGGUCAGGGGAAAUGCAAAAAUGAUGGAGACUAUACUAGAUUCAAAUGAGCGGGGAGACGAGCUUAUGAUCAGCAAAUGGAGUGAGAUUGAGAAGGAGAAAAUGGACCGGUAUGAGCGGAUUAUUGAUAAGAGUAGAGAGCAGCAUGAAGCUGAACAACAGCGGAAGGAGGAAUUUGAUGGUUUAUCAAAGCGGGUUGACCGGGUUUUGGCUCUGUUAGAGAAUGGCCGUGAGCGUUAA